AUGAAAAACUUCCUGAAGAAACUUCACAUAGGAACCAAUCAGUCUGAAAAUUCAGAGGGGUCUAUUUCUUCAUCAAAGGGCAGUAAGUUGAGUGGUGGUUCACCAAAUGGAAGGCUGUCACACUUCAGGUCUGAGCAUAACAAACCCUUUUCAGCUAUAUCAGGAUGGUUGAAUUCUGUCACAAAUAGGCGUAGUCCUAGUCCCCCAUCCUCUUCCAAUGUGGAAAGAGGUGAGAGAAUGGAACCUUCUGAUUCUGUGGCUACUAAUAGCGUGGAUGUUGUUCUGGAUGCAGUAAAGUAUGAUUCGGAAUCGAGCAACUCGAGGGAUCCUGAUGUCGAAGAGGAGUAUCAGAUACAGUUGGCUUUGGAGUUGAGUGCAAGGGAGGAUCCCGAGGCGGUUCAAAUUGAAGCUGUAAAGCAGAUCAGUUUAGGCUCUUGUACUCUUAAGGACACUCCUGCUGAAGUUGUGGCAUACCGUUAUUGGAAUUGCAAAGCUCUUAGCUAUGAUGACAAGAUUCUGGAUGGUUUCUAUGACCUAUACGGCAUGUCCAAGUCCACAUCAUCAAAAAUGCCUUCCCUUGUUGAUUUGCAAGGAAUUCCAGUCUCAGACAAUGUUAGUUGGGAAGCCAUUCUUGUCAAUAAAGAAGCUGACAUCAAGUUGUCAAACCUUGGACAGAAAGCGUUAGAGAUGGCUGUCAAAUUAAGGUCAGAUUCUGUAAACUUUGUAAGCAAUAUGGUGAAGAAGCUUGCAACUUUAGUUUCUGACUACAUGGGGGGCCCGGUUGGUGAUCCCGACAACAUGUUGAUAUCAUGGAGAAAUCUCAGUUAUAAAUUGAAGGAAAAUCUUGGUACCAUUGUUUUACCUCUUGGUUCUUUGACAAUUGGAUUGGCUCGUCAUCGUGCGUUGCUAUUCAAGGUUUUGGCCGACAGUGUUGACAUUCCUUGCUGCCUAGUGAAAGGACUGGAAUUUACUGGUUCUGAUGAUGUGGCAGUGAACUUAGUACAAGUUAAUAAUGGAAGGGAAUACAUUGUUGAUCUAAUGGCGGACCCUGGCACACUUAUUCCAUCUGACGAAGCAGGAUUGCAUAUAGAUUGUGAAGAAUUAUGUCUUUCCAACAGUCCAUUGUCUAAAGAUGUGGAACCUUCUCGCAUGGAUUCAUCGAGUAGCGGGAUAACUAGUUCAUUUGAAGACCAAUCAGAGGUUGGAACACUGGAAAGGAGACCCAGUUUUAAAAAGACUAUUGCCUUAAGAAAUGAAACUAUUGUCAGAGAUGAAUUUUCUUCUUCAGGGAUUGCUGUAAAGCAGGUCAAUUCUCAAGAAGGACCCAACCAAUCUUCUGACAGUUCAAAAUAUCCUUGGAAUGUGAAGAAGGAGCCAGCAUGGGAGAUUCCUGGUAGAUCUAAUCAUCCUUAUUCACAUGCAAGAUCUCCUUCCUGGACUGAAGGCGUUAGCUCUCCAGCUGUCCGCAGAUUGAAAGUUAAUGACGUUUCACAAUACAUGAUUGAUGCUGCCAAAGAAAACCCACAUUUAGCUCAGAAGCUCCACGAUGUUCUACUCGAAAGUGGUGUUAUUGCUCCUCCAAACUUGUUCACUGAAAUGUACCCAGAUCAGUUAGAUAUGUCACUGGGGGAAACCAAAUCCCCAGGGACAGAAAAGGAGAACCCAGGAAGUGAUGAGAUUCGAAAAAUUAAAGGUCAUAAUAACCUAGAUCCAGUUCGCUUCCUGCCUCCACUGCCUCAUCAAGGUGCUUGUUCUAGAAGCCCGAAUAAGCGACUGGAAUGUCAUUUAGAUCUAAAGGAAGCAACUGAACAUCAUGAUUCACCAGAGCCUGAAAUAGCUCCUGUAAAAUAUGAUAAAAAUGUUCCUGUUGCUGCUGCUGCUGCAGCAGCUGCAGCUGUUGUUGCCUCUUCAAUGGUAGUUGCAGUAGUAAAGACUAACACUGAUCCAAAACUUCAGCUUCCAGUAGCAGCGGCAGCUUCUGCCACCGCUGCAGCUGUGGUAGCAACAACUGCUGCAGUCAGUAAGCAGUAUGAAUUGGAGACUUCUGCUCAAUCACAAGAUAGUCCUGCUUCCUUUUUGGACAAAUCAGAGUGUCUAAGAAAUGAUGGUGAAGCAGAUAUGGCAGUUUCUGAGCUCCAAGGAACUGGUGAACGAGAACAUGACGCUUUGAGGCUUAAAUCUGAGGGAGAGAGAAUAUCAGAUAGGUCAACAGGCAAUGAUAGUGCAAAAUCUGAUAUAGCACUUGAUGAUGUAGCAGAUUGUGAGAUCGCUUGGGAAGAAAUCGCCUUGGGUGAGCGUAUCGGACUCGGAUCUUAUGGAGAAGUAUAUCAUGGUGACUGGCAUGGAACUGAAGUUGCUGUUAAAAAGUUCCUCGACCAAGAUGUAACUAAUGAAUCCCUUGAAGAAUUCAGAAGUGAGGUCCGAAUCAUGAAAAAACUCAGACAUCCAAAUAUAGUGCUCUUCAUGGGAGCUGUUACUCGGCCUCCAAAUCUUUCAAUUGUUACUGAGUUUCUUCCUAGAGGUAGUUUGUAUAGGCUGAUUCAUCGCCCUAAUAAUCAACUAGACGAACGCAGACGAUUGAGGAUGGCUCUUGAUGCUGCUCGGGGAAUGAAUUAUUUGCACAACUGCGCACCUGUAAUAGUUCAUCGUGAUUUGAAGUCUCCAAACCUUCUUGUUGAUAAAAACUGGGUUGUGAAGGUAGGUGAUUUUGGAUUAUCAAAAAUGAAGGACAGCACAUUUAUUUCUUCAAAGUCAAACGCUGGGACGGCAGAGUGGAUGGCACCAGAAGUUCUAAGGAACGAGCCAUCAAAUGAAAAAUGUGACGUUUAUAGCUUUGGCGUUAUACUAUGGGAACUUUGUACUUUGCAGCAACCCUGGGGAGGAAUGAACCCUAUGCAAGUUGUUGGUGCCGUUGGAUUUCAGCAUCGGCGUCUUGACAUUCCAGACGAUAUGGAUCCUGUUAUAGCAGAUAUAAUCCGGAAAUGCUGGCAAACAGAUCCAAGAUUACGGCCAUCAUUUGCUGAGAUUAUGGCUGCCCUGAAACCACUUCAAAAGCCUAUUGCCAAUUCACACGUGCCAAGACCCGGUGUGCUUGUAAGCAGGAGAAACAAGAAGAGUCAGUCAUCACUAACCUUGGAAAAUCAAUCCGGUCAUAAGAGCUAG